AUUUCAUCAGUUUCUUGAGUUCUGUUGUCUGUCAAUUUAGAUAAAAACCUAACCCUUUAUGGGUUUUUGAUGUUUUAUUUUUCAUUGCUUGCCUGGAUUGCAAACCUUUAACGGGUCGUAAGAUUGUGAGCUGACCGUACUCAAAUCAAAAGCCAAGCGAAUCACAUGAGAUCUUUCGGUACGAGUCACUACCUAUAGCACGACGAAUGCUUUUGCUUAUAAUAUCAUCAAUAAAAGCCUCAUAUUGGAAACAAAUUACAAUUAUAGAUGAAAUUGUUGGUAUUAUCUAUCGUUUCAGGCCUGGUUUGCAAACUUUAAAAAGAAAGUUGUUCACUAGAUGUGACAAAGAAGUGUUCUGACAUCUUGAGUUGUGUUAGAAGCAUGAAGGUAGCUCACGAUUUAUCUGUCACUUUUAAGAGUUUUUCUUUUGGCUUUGCUACAAAGUUGCAAUAUAUGUCUCUUUAUUUGGGUUGAAGAGUCGCAGAGUAUGAUGUACAAGUUAUUGGAAUAUCAAGAGUCGAUAAUGAGAUUUUAUGACAUUAUUUUGGUAGCCCAAAUCAAUAAGCUGCUUACCUUUGGUUGUCCCACUUCAACUUUAUUGUUGAGAAAAAUUACUAACCGCAUAAGAUGAUGAGGUUAAGUUCCCAUAAAUCAAAUAAACAUACGUCAAAAUAUUACAAUAAUUAUAAUGGACAAUGUAAGAACAAAUAUUUGACAGAAAAUUGAAACAAAACUACUUUAAAAUAUAAAAAAAAACUCAAACGAUUAAUUCUAAAAAUAAACAACAAUCCUUAAUCCUUAUAUAUAAAAAUAAGAAGAAUAUAUGAACAAAACUUCAUUACACACGUUUAAAUUCAUAUUAGUCUUUAAAAUAAAAUUUCAAAUGCCGUUUUUUUCUAUAUACUGUCCAUAUGGUACUUAACAGUAUAAAUAUAUUUUCUAAAUAAAACAUCAACUUUACUUUAUGUUUAAAUUUCAACUAAAUAAACUUUGUUACGAUUACCGGCUUUUUAUUUUAUUUUUAUUGAAUUGAUUAGUCACAAGUACUUAUGCUAUUCCACUUUGAAAUAAGUAACUUCAAAACAAAGUAAUACACUAGGUCGCUAACCACUAUCAAAUGAAUCCAAAAAAUAUCAUUUUCUUUUAACAUGGUUUUAUUUUCAUAUUUUUGAAUAUAUUUUCUUUAGUAAGGCCAUAAAAUGAAUUGUAAAUUUAUGUAAGAAUAAAACAUACGAACUUAUGCGCCGGAAUACCACUAGUAUAGGAUAUGCUUCUCUUUUAGACAUGUUAUUCUUCAAAAGAGUCCAUUGAGUUCCAGGUGUAGCGCCGAGAGACUUCUAUAAUACUUUUUCAACCUUAACCCAUUUUUCCCAUGUGAUGAUAACUAUAAUGCUAUGAAUAGAUAUCUAUGAUGACGAAGUUAUAGACGCACAUUUAUAUAUAGCAGAAUCUUGACGAUAGUUAGUGGCAAGAGUCAAACAAACGUCUGGCUAGAGACACCAAAACAAAAAUGGUAACGGAAAUGAACUAACACCUACUUAUUCAUUAUAAUCAAAGCUUGUCUGCCCAUAAAAUUCCCAUUUUGAACUGAUGUCGACAUAAUCUGUAACGAGAAAAUUUCACUCAUGCACAUGCGCCAUGCCAAACAUUUCAGACUGAUGCUUAAAGUCUAGUGAUUCUGCAACAUCUACAAAACCUAUAAUAUUUGAUAAUAGAUCUUGUGAGUAUUGAUCCUCGACCAGUAAAGUCGGUCCAACUUCUGAGAACGUAAACGGUGUACAUCUUCCUAGGGUGUUGAUUUGAGUUUCUGCUUUUUAAGGCCACCAUUACACUGCAGAUCCUUCCCAGGUGGGACUCAAACUAGAAGGUUUUAGAACAACACAACCACUUUACUGGAUCGUUGAACAUGUCACUAGACCAUAACCCACAUAUUAUGAAUUCAUAACUUUAAUUUGAAAGUUUCGACUAUUUAUUUAUAUGAGCAACAUAUGAAGAUCAAAUAAUUGAAGAGUGGAGCCCUGAGCCCGACCACCUUUGCCUCCAUUUCCACAAAUGAGAAUCCCAUGUCCCUUAGAACAUGGAGCGCUAGUUAUUGCAUUUGAUCUUUGUCCUCCCUAAUCUUAUUUCUUUCAAAUCAUCAUUUACUUACAUAAAACUUCAACUUUGUGGCACUCUCGCAAUAAUCAUUUACUUCCACGUGGACUAAAACACCUCAAACAUAUCUGCCAAUUGUCACAACCUAUAAGUUAGUUGGUCCACCGUAUAAACCUUGAAAUCGAGGAAUUAUAGGUGCUUUAAUUGAAAUUGGAUUGUUGUAAUUAACUAACUUUUUGACGUGUUAUUAACUAACUUAUGUUUCAAUAUUCAAAGAUAAUAUAACUCCAAGGUGUGAUAAUGCAUUUGCUCUUGUUCUCAACUUUUCUAGAAUAUAAUAUUAAUGUUCCCAAGUCUAGGGCCAACAUACAAGUCCCACCAUGCAAACAUGUAUAUUAUAAUGUCUAUAUAACUGACAAUAAGCGAUGGUGUUCAAUAUUCACAUAUCCACAAAGCAUUCCAUCGUCAAUCUAUCCUCAAGAUUAGAGAAUCAUAUAUUCAAAAACUGUUAAAUUUUUUAUCGUUCUUUCAUCUUUUAAAAUAUAAGUUACUACAUAACAGUUUUGGAGCCAUAUAUAUAGAUUGGUCAGAAAUGGAGAUCAAAUCGGUGGCGUGCGAGUGUUGCGGCUUAACGGAAGAUUGUACACCAAACUACAUUAAUAAGGUCAAAGCUAAUUUUGCCGGAAAAUGGCUUUGUGGGCUUUGCUCCGAGGCGGUGAGUGACGAAUUCAGCCGUGAUCGGAAGAUGACGACGGUGGAGGAAGCUGUCAACGCCCACGUUUCGUUUUGUAGUAAGUUUAAAGCCAACCCGGCAGAACUCGUUGCAGACGGCAUGAGGCAGAUGCUACGUAGGAGGUCCGGUGAGUUGUUGCCGGCGAAGUCCAAGAAGUUUGGAAGAUCUAAAACCACUUAGUUGCGUUUACACAUCUUUUUCCCUCGUUACUUUCUUCGCUUUUAUAGUAUUGGCCAAUGUACAAUAUAAUAAAAUAUAAAAUCAUCACACUCAAAAUAACUA